UUCUUGUUAACAGCUGCGCUGCUGGCAAAAAUUGUUGUUCAAUUGUUGUGUUUUUUGUUUACCACGCCAAAAAUGUAGCUUAUUCGCUCUGCAGUGCGUAUAAAACAAACAAAUUACAUAAACUACUGCUAUAUUUAGCAACUAACAAGGACACAAGACGCCAGCAAAUUCACGAUGGACUCCGACAGCAGUUGUGGUGCCGCAGCCUUGGCCGAUGAUUCGGGGCUGUUCAGCUGUAGCAGCGAAACGGAGACAGAGGAGGCAACAAACCAUUCCAACAAGGAACAGCAGCAGGAUCACAAGGAUUCGCUAUUUCUGGUGACGCAGGAACUGCGAAAAUCGCGCAAUGAAGUGGAACGUCUGAGUAAAUCAGAACAAUGGUACAGACAUGAGCUGCAGACGCAAAAACAUAAUCGUCUGGCUACGCUGGAGCGUCUUUAUGCACAGGAGCGUAAAUACAUGUUGGAGAAUCAGAGAUUGCAGCAGGAAUCGCAACAGCUGCAAGCGAAAUGCGCCACGCUGCAAAGCUCUGCACAUACAGCAGCUGCUGUAGCAAUACAGCCUCUUCCGUUGGAAGCAGAUCAAUCAAGCAGCAUUGCAAAUACUUUUGAGUCAGAGCAGCAGCAGGCGCGACUCAUGGAUCAGCGACAACUGAUUGAAGUGCUGCGCAAGCAGAAGAAAGCACUCUUGGAGGACAUACAGCGUUUAAGUCUGGAUAGCGACGACAAGCUGCUGCAAUUGCAACACCAAUUGGCCGGCGUGGAGCUCGAGAACAAACACAUGACUCGCCAGUGCAAGCAGCUGUUGGAUGAGCAACGAGAAUUAGCGCACAAACUGGAAUUGAAAGCGUCUACGUUACACACUGUGGCAGCGGAGCGAGAUCAACUGCGUCAAGUGAUCGCGGAACUAACCGAGACGCUGCAAACCCAGGAGCAGCUAAUGGCGUUGAAAGAGCGAGAGUUUGUGGAACUGAAGCAACACUAUCAGCAAAAAUUAAGCAGUGAGUGUAGCGUAGAUGCCAUGCACAGCUAUAGUUUGGCAUUCCAUAGCGAGAUCAAUGCCAAGACUAGCGAAAUAGCUGCUCUGAAACACGCACUGCACGAUCUUCAAACGGAAUUGCAAGUGAUGUCACAACUGCAAGCGCAGAACGAGCAACAGCAGCGGCAACUGGAGGAGCUCAACUUUCAGCUCGAGGCACAGCAACUGGAGCAGGCGCUAAAAGACGCUCGCCUCGAGGAUUUGUCAGCUGAGAAGGCAGCGCUCGCUGAUGAGUUGCAGGCAACACAGCAAAUGGUGCACAAUUUGGAGCAUCAACUGGUUGAGCUACACAAACAAUAUGCAGAGACGUGCACAAAAUGCGAGCACACCAAAGUGCAAUUGGAGACGCAGCAAAGUCAGAAUGUGGAGCAACAGCAGCAACUGUUGCAGCUACGAGAGCAACUGGCUCACUAUGUGCAACAGUGCAGUAAACUGAGUGAAGCGGUGCUGCAAAUGGAGAACAAAUUAGAGCAACAACAGCAGCGAAAAGCAGCACAAGUUCAGGGCACUCAAACACCAGCUGUUGUCAAGGAUAACUGUGAGCUGGAGGAACGCAUUGCGAUGCUCGAGGAACAGCUGGAGGCAGUGAAGAAACAAAAGCAACAAACAGUUGCUUUGUUGCAGAAAUUGUUGCAGCAACAGGAUGCAAAAAUACGCAACACCAAUGAAAUGGAGGCGGACUGGAGGCAGCUGCUGGAAGCCUUGCAAGCCACACAACAAAUGGAGCAACAAGUGCAACUGCAAUUGCAACAAAAAGCCGAGGAACUGCAUCAAUUGAAUGAGCUGUUUGCCCAGCAAAACGAGCAACUGCAGCAAUUGCAAUUGCUGAGUCAGGCGCAUGAAACGCAAAACAACAAUGAGCUGCAGCAACUCAAGCAGACGCAAGCCUCAGAUGCAGUUGCUCUAAGUGAACUGCGAGCACAAGUGCAGGCGUUGCUCGAGGAACGUGAGAAUGCGCCUAGGCAGCGGCACAAAACACUGGUGCAAGUGCUGGAAGUGGAAACUGGUCGCAAAUUGCAGCACGUCAAGAAUUGGCCGCAGCUAACUAAAAUGCUGCGGCAGGAGUUGAGAGCCGCUAAAGCUGUAGCAGAGCUCCCAGCGCUGAAAAUGAAACUGGUCAAAAUAAAUGGUAAACACGAGCAGGCACUGGCCAGGAUUAAGUUCCUGGAGGAAACAUUGGCCGCGGAAAGAGCUCGUUUCGAAUCAUCCGAUUCGGGUAAGUCAACAGCAAGCAGUGCGCCAAUGGAACCAGCGCAUGAAGUCGCCAAUCUCAUUGAUGACUACAAAAAGCUCAUUCAACAAACAGCCCAGGAGACGGGACGUCCACGCAACAGUUACAUACUGGAGCUCAUUGAGCGCAGUCAACGUUGCCAGCCAAAUUUGUGCCAAUUGAGCGAGGAUCUAGACGCUUGCCGUGAGGAUAUGCUGGAUCUAAAUAAACUGCUCGCCAGUCUGGAGCCGAGCUCAACUCGGCCAACGCCCAUGCCCUCCUUGAUGGAGGAGCUACGCGCGGUUGCCGAGCAGACUUGAGCAGUCAUAUCCAAUUACAAUUAGUCAUUUGAUUUAGAUAGCUUCAAUUUAUUUUUGUACUUAAUUUGUGUUCUUUUGUUUUAUGUUAUUGUCUUUCUUUUGAAAAGAAACAAUCUAGGUUUUUUGUUAAUUUUGUCAUUGAAUUGUGCAAUUCUGUGAGUGAAUAACCCAAAAGAUUAGUCUGACCCACCUAUGUAAAACUACUUCCAGGCUAACUAGUCCCGCAACUUAUUGCUGCCUUCACACCUAUUACUACUAUUAUUUAUUUAAGAAUCCACUCAAAACUAUGCUAAUAACCCAAACUAUUUCGAAUAUAAUCAUAGAGAAAAUAUGACUAUUUUUGUAGAACUCUUAAGGUAAACGAAAUUCCAAUUAAACAAUUAUAGUAUUUAAAAAACGGAUAUAAACAAAACGUAUGGUGGAUAUUUACAACUUAUGUUAUUCUGUUCAGUUUGAAAAUUGUCUAAUAUAUUUAUUUGAUUCGAACAAUA